AUGGGGAAAGGCGUGGCCAAGUACGGUUUCAAGAGUGGGGUCUUCCCCACUACUAGAUCCAUCCUGAAGAACCCCACUACAAAGCAGACGGACAUUAUUAAUAAAGUAAAAUCUCCCAAGCCCAAGGGGAUUCUUGGUAUUGGGUAUGCAAAAGGUGUGCAACAUCCGAAGGGGUCGCACCGGUUGCCACCCAAGGUCGACUUUAUCAACGUGGAUAGCCUUAUUGAAAAGACCGUGGCCGAGCCUCAGAGCAUCAAGUCGAGUAAUGGGGCAGCCCAAAAAAUAAGGCUACAAAAGGCUGAAUUGAGAAGGAAUUUUCUUAUCGAUGCUUUCCGCAAGGAGGAAACCAAGCUACUGCUAAAACACGAAUAUUUGCAAAAGAAAACAAAGGAACUUGAAAAGGCCAAAGAGCUGGAACUUGAAAAACUGAACAAGGAAAAAUCCUCCGAUUUGACUAUAAUGACUCUUGACAAAAUGAUGUCUGAACCUCUUUUGAGAAAUAGAUCACCAGAAGAGACCCAGUUGUUGAGUUUAAAAAGAAACUACAACAGAUCACUGCUAAAUUUUCAAACCCACCAAAACAAAUUAAACAAACUAUUAAACCUGUAUCAUGUCGCUAAUGAAUUUAUUGUCACUGAAGCUCAAUUGCAGAAGAAGAUUGACAAAGUGUUCAACGAUGAAACGCAGGAGUUUUCCGAUGCUUACGAUAUAAAUUCAAACUUCACACAGUUUGGAAGUAGGAAAUCGCUGCUUUCGGGUAAUUCCACUUUCCAAACCAAGAUCAAUAACGCAAUUAUGGGUUCUUUGACUAACGAAAAGUUUUUUGAUGUUUCUUUAGUGGAUUCAUUCCUGAACAACGACUUACAAAAUAUUUCAGGGCGGAUCGAUUCCAAAUUAAACGGUUCAUUCGAUGAACCUGAAAAUGGCAACAAAGAUACAACCUCCUUGUAA